AUGACAGACUCAAAACCCGCCCCCCCAACAAACCCCCGCGGCAUCCCCGCAGCCCCCUUCAUCGACAACGUCACGGACUACGUCUCGAGCCGCACCGAAGUCGAACCCACCCUGCGCUCCUUCCAGGAGAUGAUCUCCAAGUACCAAUUCAUGGAGGUCAACACGACGAAGCGGGCGGCGGGGCUGCGCGACAAGAUCCCGGACAUCAAGAAGACCCUCGAGAUGGUGCGGUUCUUGGCGGCGCGCAGGCGGGCGACCGACACCCCGUUGGAGACGAACUUCGAGCUCAACGAUACCCUCUACGCCCGCGCCACCGUCUCCCCCGCCGACGCCGAGGAGGUCUACCUCUGGCUCGGCGCGAAUGUCAUGCUCGCGUACCCGAUCGAGGAGGCGAUGACUAUGUUAUCGGAGAAAUUGGCGGUCGCGGAGACGUCCCUCCAGAACUGCGAGGAGGAUUUGGAGUUUUUGCGGGAGCAGAUUACGACGCUGGAAGUCGCUACGGCGAGAGUGUAUAACUGGGAUGUGGUGCAACGGCGGAAAGAAAAGGCCGAGGGCAAGGGGGAGGAGGAGGAGAAGCAAUAA